AGGACAAAAUGGCGGACGUCGAGCUAAAAGUCCAGGAGGUUGUCACCGGAAGGGACGGACCGUCGGUCCUGACGGGACUUCGGUGGCUGUUCUACCUCGUCACUCCCGAGGAGACGUCGUUUCGGACCCUGGACGAAGUUCCACGAUACAUAGGACAGGUUACCCCGAUCUUUUUCGGCAUGGUCUUUCUGGAGAUGUUGGUGGCUUUUCUGAAGAAUAGACAAACGAACACCCGUCUGAAUGACUCCAUCAGCUCCAUAUCAGCGGGAAUGAUCAUGACAAUGGGAGACUUAUUCUACAUGGGUGCUUAUAUGAUGGCCUACGUCUGGGUCUACGAGAACUACCGGCUAGUGGAUCUACCCUGGGACUCCCCGGUCACCUGGUGGACUGCCUUCAUACUGGCGGAGUUUUCCUUCUACUGGCUGCAUAGAAUGUCACAUGAAGUGAACAUCUUAUGGGCAGCACACCAGGUCCACCACAGCUCAGAAGAUUACAACCUGACAACGGCACUCAGACAGUCGACCACUCAAAAAGUCGGCACCUUCUUUUUUGCCCAUCUUCCUUUGGCUCUUCUAAUUCCGCCAGCAGCGUUCUCUGUUCACAGGCAGUUAAACCUGUUAUAUCAGUUCUGGAUUCACACUGAGUUGGUGACGUCACUUGGGCCCUUGGAAUAUGUACUGAAUACACCCAGCCACCACAGAGUACACCACGGAAGGAACCCGUACUGCAUAGACAAGAACUAUGGUGGCGUUCUGAUCGUCUUUGACAGGUUGUUCGGUACAUUCGCCAAAGAGGAAGAGAAGGUCGUGUAUGGCCUGACACACCCACUCAACACGUGGGACCCAAUAUGGGUACAGCUGUGUCACUAUGUCCACAUCUGGAAGACAUUCUGGGCGACUCCAGGCUGGACCAACAAACUGUCUGUGCUGUGGAAGGGACCGGGCUGGGCGCUGGGGAAACCUCGGCUGGGGUGUAUUGAAGACAUUCCUAAGGUGAAGUAUCAUGAGCCGAAGUACGACAGUAAGGUGUCCUGGCUGUGGUCCACCUACGUGGCUGUCCAUUUUGUUCUGGCCCUGGUUCUGCAUCAGGAACUAUUCUCUGUUGUUAAGACCCUGACGACGGCUGCCAUGGUGGGGAGGGUUCUGUUUGUGAUGUGGACUCUGGUGUGUGUUGCUGCUAUCAUGGACAGGAAGCCCAGCGCACCGAUCGUUGACUUCACGCGCUGUCUGGCGUUCGUCCUGGUUGAUGUGACGGCCAGACUGUCGGGGUCGCCCGUGGUCCUGCUACCCUCCCCGCUGCUGAACGCCUUGUCAGCCUGGUACUUGAUGUCGGCUGUGAUCUGGGGCAUCAAGUUUCUCAAAUCUGUCUUUACGACUAAAACUCUUAAAUCAGGUUGACAUUGAAUAAACUGUUUUAUUUCCAUAUCACGGUCCUGCAAAAAAAGGAUCGGUAUGCAGAGAUUGUUCUUGAUUUAUAUUUAUUUCUAAGCAGUUUUUAUUCAACAAAAUUAAUAUAGACAUCAAGACACUUGCAUUUUCAGCACAAUAUUUUACAUGCUUGUGUAUAAUUUGGUAAAGUGUCAACAUGAGAUGGGCCUAGGUUUGGUGUGUCUAUUUAUGUGACUUUUUGUUGGUCUAGAAAUGAGGAGAAGUCGUUUGAAAACGAUUCUCUCUCUCUCUCUCUCUCUCUCUCUCUC